AUGGCUGAUAAAAUAGAACCUAAGACAGGCUCUCUCCAAGAAGAAUUGGAAGCCUCCGAAAAACAGGUCGGAGCAAUCAUUGAAUCGUUUAUCGAGCUUGGUGUUUCUGUCUACGAUUUCCCAGGGACACCUGAGGGAACCCAAGGUAUGGUGACCAAUUUGAAACGAAAUGUGGAUAGAUUGGCCAAAUUAAAUCAAAGAAGUAAUGAUCCAAGAUCUCAAUUAAAUAAUAUCAAUGUUCCGUUUGAAGUAGUUCAAUACAUUGAAGAUGGUAGAAAUCCAGAUAUAUACACUAGAGAAUUCGUAGAGGCAAUAAGGAGGUCAAACCAAUAUCAAAGGGCAAAAAUGCAUGGUUUGAAACAGUUGAGAGAUUCAUUAGCUGAAAAGAUUAUUGAAGAAUUUCCCGACAUGGAAGGCAAUGUUAAAGAUAUAUUAAAGAGGACUGAUGUGACACAUUAA